AUGGUGCUGCUGAGCCCUUCAAUCAAAGCCCUUAAAAAAUUAUUAGGGAUCUGUGAGAGGUAUGCAGUGGCUCAUGGCCUUAGGUAUAAUCCCGAAAAGAGCGAAAUGCUUAUAUUUAAAGCAGGUAAUAAAUGUUAUCCCACAGUACCGUCGGUAACAAUAAGUGGCACUUCGCUUAAAAUAGUAACAAAGUUCAAGUACUUGGGGCAUUGGGUAAAUGCUGACCAGAGCGAUGAUAUGGACAUGGAACGGGAACGUAGGGCGCUGGCGGUCAGAAGUAACAUGCUUAUCCGCAGGUUUGCAAAGUGCACAAAUGAAGUUAAAAUAACUCUAUUCAGAGCAUACUGUCAAUCUUUUUACACUUGCAGCCUGUGGAUUAAAUAUACUAAGAAGGCCUACAGCGUUCUGCGUGUCCAGUAUAAUAAUGCGUUUAGGGCGCUGUUGGGGCUCCCGCGACACUGCAGUGCCUCGGGGAUGUUCGCAGAGGAGCAUACAGAUGGCUUUUAUGCAAUUAUGCGUAAGCGUGUGGCAUCUCUGUGGAGGCGGAUACGCGCGAGCACAAACAGCAUCCUGCGUACAGUUGCGGACCGGUUUGACGGAUCCAUAAUAAAAGAUUGGAUCACCAUGCAUGUUAUGCCGUCGGACCGAGCCGCUAAAUAA